UCAGAAACAAAUACAUUUUUAAUUCUUCAGAAAGGGCUAACAUAUAUUUUAUAAUGUUUAAAUAAUGGUUUUAGAGAAUGUUAGAUGAUUAUUACCUAAAGAAAGUAGCGAUAAAUGUGAAAUAAUGUGUUAUAAAAGUAACGAAAUGUAAACAAAGUAGUAUUUUGUAUGGAAGACAAAACACUUAUUCACUAUAACUUUACUUAUUGCUAACGAACAACAGAUGAAAAGAUGGCACAGGUAUUGUCCAACAACAUUGACCUGGCACUCUUGAAUUUGACCCCAUAUUCGGUAAAUUCCGUAAACGUUAAGUUAAACUAUCUAUUUGUAAAUCGAUAUGAAUGUAUAUAGCCAGUUGUUAAAUGUUCUAAAUUACAAAACCCUCUUAGCGCAGUCGUUAAGGGCUUUCACUUCAAGAAUAUAGACGUGCACUGACUCGAAGGUUCGAAUCCUGGUUCAGCCACUUUUAUAUUUUUUCUUUUCUUAUUUUAAAAUUGCCAUUUCUCUCUUAACUCGUGCAAAACGUUUUGAUUUUUGGUUGUGUAUUCUAUCUGUGUAGUAUUUUAAUUUGUAUUAUGAACGUGCCGUCCUUUUUUUAAAUUGUCUUAUUGAAGAUAAUGUAAUGAAUAAAAAAAAUGCAUAAAAACCACUACUGUAAAGGUAUCCUAAAAACAAGAUGUAGUAAAACGAUUUCAAAUUAAUUAUUGCAUGAAAUAAAAAAAAUGCAUGUCCUCAUAAAGCGGUGUUGAUAAGGUAUCGAACCAGGUAACUUCAGAUCAGUAGUCAGGCAUCUAUACCAAUACACCACAACUCAUUGACGUGUGAAGUUAACAAUGAUAUCGAUAUAUUUGUUAGAUACCACUGUUUAUCGCCUGACCUUUACGGAAAUUAAUGAAGUGCCAAGUCAAUAUUGUUGGACAAUAAUUGGCCAAUGAGUAACAUUUUGAUAUUGUAAAAGUACAACAAAAUUACAAAGCUUUUGAGAAAUAAACAUAAAAUCUUUUCUGAGGCAUAAUGGGCCUUUAAUAUCAUUAAGCACCAGAACGAAGAGGUUCGUCGCAAAGACUACAUGUAUAUCAAAUAUCGGCUCCGGUGCAAUACCUUCCAGAUCAUAUAGAUGAUUUAUUAAAAUCAAUUUCGUAGUCAAUUAAUGAAAAAUGUAGGGUUAGUUUUUAUUUUGAAAACAGGCAAAAAAAAAUGUCAUCUAAUACCCCUGAAUUUAAAUCACGCUGAUAAACUCGUGAAGAAUAAGUCUUGAGUGGCGACUAAUUUAUUGUUGAUCAAUUAAUGAACAAGGGUUUAAUUACAAUCUAAUUGUUUUGUUAUUAUAUUAAGCUGUGUUGAAUACAAUCUUUUUAUGAUAAUGUUAUAAAUACACGCGAUGUAAAGAACACAUUUACAACCAAUCAUUGCCUAAAUCUAGAGGAACAUCAGUCAGUAGUACAUGCUCUGUCAGGUAUUUAAAACAGAAAGCCAGCUUCUAAAGAGUUUGUAAAUUUCAAACAUGGCUUUUGUAAGUGGACUCGGUGGAGGCCAUGGAGGUACAAGCUACUAUGACAAGAGAAAUAGCAUCGUUGCUAAACAAGACAAUAUUGAGGAAUGUGGCUGUAUCAACUUGAGGUUGAAUAAAAGUAAGAAGAGAACAAAAAUGUCUCUUAUGAAAGAACGCAUUAAACAGUUCAGCAUUUGGUUCUUUGAAAAUGAAGAUCAUAAAGAAGUGGAACACGUCAGACGCAGGUUAGAAAGAAAGAGGAAAAGGAAACUUCUUGCUAAGAAACGUGGUGCACGGCCUAUACGUUGGUUGUAUGUGCUAGACGUGAUAUUGUGGAUAGCGGGCAUUGCUAUUACAUUGUGCAGUUCCAUCAAGGCUUUCGGAGAAAACACGGAGUUUUAUAAACGAAAAGAGUUAUACCGUCCCCUAGGACCAUGCGUUCUCGCCGCCGCCGCCUUGUUUCUAUUCCUUGCAACGGGUUUAAAACACCGGAUGCAAAUUAAGCACAAUAAGCCUCCACAGAGAGCUUUUUAUAUUGUGCAAAAGAACAACAAAAAUUCAGAAACUGACCCUGAUAUUAAAGAUCCAGAUAACGAUUCCGGAAAUGAAGAAGAUAUUGAAAUGACAGUGUUAGGUUUAAAAAGUGAAAGUUAUUUGGAAACGGCCAAAGAAAUAGGUGCAAAAAAAGAAAUAGAAACAAACAGAGCAGAUGACACAGAAAGAUUAAAAGCCAGCAUGCCAUCUAGUGAAUGGCCAAAAGUUGCGUUUUAUCAAGAAGACGAAAGGUAUACAAGACGAGAUCAAAGCAGAAAGGCAUGGGCUAAAACAAAGUGGAUGAGAGUGGAAUCUUAUGAUCAUGACGAUGUGUUAGAUUUAACCGAAGAUGUCUUAAUUGGCGGAAAAAAACAUGGACAGGGUGAAACACGAGAAUCUCAUGCUGAACUUCCAGUUAGGUAUACGAACAUAUCAGAAAAUAGGCGAAUUACUAGAUUUAAACCCCGUCCUGGUGGCUGUUUCACCGCACAGUCUUCAAUUAAAUCGCAAACAUCAGAAAUAUCUUUUGCCAGCACAACAUCAGAGUCAGCGCCUCUAGUAAGGAAAUAGACAAUGGUCGCUGAUAGAUAUCUUCAUGGACAUGUCUAUUGCAAUAACCUUUUUAAACGCCAGUCAGCGAGAGCUAUUUUCUUUUUCUUUUGCAGUGGCCAGAAGUGCAGUGGCACACGAAUUAUCUCAUUAAAAAGGACUAAAAAAAGGAUUGGAGCACCACACUAAAUACCGUAUUCCGGUAUAUACCGGGCAAGGCGCUUGAAUCGUAAAAUGCCAAAAUCUUGCUUUAUGAACUUUAAUAGGUCUAAUUCAUCUUUUCACACCGAUUCACUGCGGAUGAUCACGUGACCAAAAUCGUACAAUGGGCUCAUAAAAUGGCGGCUUAAACGCUCAGUAAAAGCAGUGAAAUUGAGGUAAGCAUACAGUUAACGUUAUAUUUAUAUGUAAAACUAGGCCGCACGGAACCCCUGUAUAAUCAAAGCACAGAAGGCGCUGAAUUUGUUUGGGUCUCAGAAUGUCAGAAAGGUGAAGGUUGUGAGAUUAUAAACCAAUUUGUUUUUGUAAAGUGCCACCAAGGCUUUUCAGCGUUUUAAUUGUAGUAAAUUGGCUAUAAGACUAAUUUAAACACUGAUAUUCAAUCCAAUGUUUAUUUGACUUAAACAAUUUGAAAAAAAAAAAUCCCUUAACAGGGGUUUGAACUCCAGACCUCUCGCAUCGUAAGCGAGCGCGCCAACCCCUCGGCCACGGUGAAUUUAUUUGUUAACAGUCUGAAGAAAACUACAUUUGUAUAUUAUUCUAUAUUAGGGUUUGUAACGACGCUAACUGUUGUUUAACACAGAUGUAAAUAAUAAUGUAGCUUACUAUAAGCAUGUAUAUCUAUAAAGAAUAAAACAAUAUUAGAAAUCUUCGACCAUUCAGGAAUUAUUUUGCUUGAAAAUUAAUGCGCCUGUCAUUUGACCAUCUUUACGCAGUGAUCUCCCCUGAAUUUUUCGGCGUUAGUUUACAUAUAAAGGGAAGUAACCGCUUCAAAAAAGCGAACUUCUUUCGGCACUUGCAAUUAACAGCAUGAGAGUCUGAAAUUUCGCUACCAUUAUUUGUUUGGUCUGACGACCCAAACAAAUCAAAGCACAGAAGUUGCUGAAUUUGUUUGGGUCUCAGAAUGUAAGAAAGGUGCAGGUUGUGAGAUUAUAUGUAUAGUGCCACCAAUGCUUUCCAGCGUUUUAAUUGUAGUAAAUUGGCUAUAAGACUAAUUGCAACACUGAUAUUCAAUCCAAUGUUUAUUUGACUUUAACAAUUAGAAAAAAAAAUGAGUUACCUUUACUGGGAUUUGAACUCCAGACCUCUCGCUUCCUAAGCGAGCCCGAAAACCCUUCAGCCACGGUGAAUUUAUAUGUGAACGGGCUGAAGAAAACCAUAUUAUUCUAAAUUAGGGCUUGUAACGACUUUAACUGUUGUUUAUCACAGAUGUAAAUAAUCCUGGAGCUUACGAUAAGCAUUUAUAUUUAUAAAAAAUCAAAGUGCUGCAAGUUCUGUGGUAUUUUCUGAUCUUUGCAAGCUAAAUCGUACUGUAUAUCUGUAUGCAUUUUCCUGUAAAGGUUUAUUUUUAUGUAUUAUAAUUCAUUUUGCAAGGCACCAGAGUUUGAUACAUACGGAAUUCUGCAUAACUAGAGUUGCAUCAAAAAAUCAUUUAUGUUCAUUUUUUACGACAGUCACACUUUAUCCUUGCAUAUCAUGGCUACUUCCUCAACAAAAACACUUAAAAAAGAAUUUAUCAAAAAAAAAAUUUCCUCGACUGGGAUUCGAACUCGAGACCUCUCACUCACUAAGCGAGCGCGUUACCACUGUACCACGGAAAAGUUAUACACAACAAGUCUGAAUAAUAUCAAGUCAUUAUAAAUUGAGAACUUCCAUUGCAUUUCGGGUUUGUAAUCCUUAUUAAUUUCGAGGUAUUUUGUUCAGGGUAAACCUGUUGUUUAAAAUUGAAGUAAAUAUUUUAGCGAAAAUCCUCUCGCCCAAACAGUCCGACAUGUAGAAUCUAUAUAUUCCACUACUCGGUUUGUGUAGUAUUCGGUUAUAAAUAGUAUUUUCAUUGAUAAAAUCAUAUUCAUCCGCGUAAUUUGUGAUUGUGCAUUUAUUGACAAUUCUAUAAGCCAACGCUAUUGUUUAACUUUAAAUGCGUUGUAAUUUGUUGGAUACUUGUAACAAAAUAAAAUAUUUCUUUCUUUUAAAUCGCUAGUUUUAAGCUGUUUUGAGAACUACUUGUUGUUAGGUUUGUUGUAAACUUCUGUUCAGAGAUUGAAUGUCCGCUUUGUAUUUAGUUAUUUUCGAUCAGAAAAUACAAUAAAACAAUAUUAGAAACCUUCGACCAUUCGGGAAUUACUUUGCUUGAAAAUUGAUGCGCCUGUCUUUGACCAUCUUUACACAGUGAUCUCCCCUGAAUUUUUCGGCUUUAGUGUACAUACAAAAGGGAAGUAACCGCUUCAAAAAGUGGACUACUUUCGGCAUUUGCAAUUACGAACAUUAUACUCUGAAAUUUCGCUACCAUUAUUUGUUUGGUCUGACGACCCAAACAAAUAAUAAAAACCACGUACUGUUUUGUUAUUGGUCACUUUGUUGCUCUCUCUGUUUAGGCCUGAAAGCCGAAAAAAGUUGUUUUGGGUGAUGAGUACAAUGGCCGAACAGGUACUAAAAUGCGUUGUUUUCAUUAAAAGAAACAUAUUUUGAGCAAAAUGAGCAAUGACAUCUUGUGCACAAUUGCAGGUUUGCCCGUCAUGAACAAUUUACAUCCUUUGUAAAGAUGCAUAACGAAGUUGUGCAUCUUUUUAAAAAACGAGUACAACGGUCGAACCAAAUUUAAUGAGUACAAUGGCCGAACGAUUUUAUUGCCUGUCCUAUUUUGCCAUAUUUUUUUUUUCAUUGAAUUAUGCUUGUUUCUCGCUUCCUGUCUUUGAAAUCAUACAAAUAUCAUAUUUGAAAGUGAAAAGUAGGAAGAAGUAUUAAAUUAAAUGAAUUCAAUUUGCUUGCUUUAA